GGCCCCUCUCUGCUUUAAAAUAGGAAAACCUUUCGUCAGGAGCAAGAGAGAAACUUCUAGGUCAUCUUUUAGAGCUUUUUUCUUCAAAUGAAGUUUUUUGCAGAAGUGCUUGGUGAGAUGUGGGAGCUUUCCAAACGAGAUUGGAGAGUGCAAAUAUAGGGCUUCCUCGCUGGCGGGGCCGCCCUUUCCCUCUUCAUUCCCAGUCGCCUUUUUCUUAGGGGCUCUCUGGAGUCGAACCGCGAGGUGGCGACUCUCGCGAAGGGAAUUCAUCCCUGUCAUAGCGGGAGCAGUGGUUGCCUGGCAACGGAAACUGGGCGUUCCAAACAAUUGGGACCGGAAAUCCUCGCAGAGCGCCGCAGCAGGGCUGCUGAUCCGCCUCUCAUCCCAAAAAGAGCAUCUGGCUCUGCACUUAGGCAUGCUUCCCACUCGGGACUCUUUCCAGCAACCUACGUUAGAUAGCGAUGACUCUUGUUUGGGAAAACCGCGGGCUUCCAAGAAGGGUCUGGGAUAUUUGAAGAGGUGCAAAAUAAAGAGAAUUAAAUGAAAUCACCAUUCAAGAACCCAAUUCAUCUCGCUCAACAGCAGGAUCCCUGGAGACGGCUCAGCUCUAUUCCUAAGAUCACUUCCAUGAGGCGGGAUGCUUAUGUUUUUGAUUCGAAGAUACCAAAGGAUGACCUUGAUUUCCGCUUAGCAGCCUUGUAUGACCAUCACACUGACACCUUUAAGGACAAAAGUGAGAUACUGUUACAUCAGGAGACCAUCCAGGAUACUCAUCAAAUCAUCAAGACUCAGUUUCCUGGAGAAUAUUUUCCAUUUCCUCCUCCACCCAUCAUGUCCCGGGCUAACAUCAGACAGUGGAUCAACCCUAAGAAGGAGUCCAUCCACAGCAUCCAGGGAGCCAUAGUGUCCCCUCAUACUGCAGCCACCAAUGGAGGUUAUUCCCGAAAGAAUGAUGGUGGCUUCUUCUCUACCUAGUGGAGGUGGCCUCCUAAUCACAGUGGAACAUCCUGCUGCCUGUCACUAUUAAACAGAUUCAUGCAAGGCAGUGCCUGAAGUCUUGGUUACCCAUGACUACCUCUUCACAGCUCUUAAAAUAUACAGGAAACUUCUCGAUUUCUCAAACUAGUUUUGUUGGAUCUAUUUGCAACUUGAAAAUUCAUCUUGCUGAAAAAAUAAGGAUUUACACAAUAGUCACACUAACUGUACAGAGCCAUUCACUUGUAUCUUACACACCUUUAUCUGGAAGCCAGUUAAGUGUAUGAGAAACAAGAAAUAGACAUAGCCAUUCUUCCAAUGAACUCUUGAUUUUGCAAACAUUGUAACAUCAGCAGCUCCAAGUAGCAUUAACAUAUAUGCAAAGCCAUACUGUCCAGAUUUCAGACUUCCUGGGUGUAGUUAUUUGCUGUACCCUUCAUUGAGAGCUCUAUCUGCCUGGUCUUCUAGUCCUCUAACUCCACUGGUGUCUCCUUGCCUGGAAGAGAACUCCCUUUUUUCUGUCAGUCUAUGCUGCAAUACAUAGUCUUGAUUUCUUU